CUUCUCUAAAAAGUGUUUGUCACGUUCAAUCGCGUGCUCUCACUACCGCACUUCAGCAGAUUAAGUUACAAGCUAAACAUAUGUCCACGAAAAAAUAUAAACUUAAUCAAUAGCGAGGUAUUAAAAGAAUCUGAUAAGUAGAGCGUGAAUCUUGAUCCUCAAAAAGGGGUGUGCUUGAUGCUGUCGCAGAUCCAGGGAGUGCAUUUAGCUUAAAGCUAACGUCAGUUAGCCAUCUAGCCAGGUAACAUCGCUCGACACCUACGGCAAAUAAGGGAGAGCAUGCUGAGGCGGCACGGCUGGUAGAAUGAAGAGCCCGGCGCACCGCAGCAGGGACAUCGAGAGGCAAGCGGGCUACCUGCGUCCGGAACACUGCGCCCCUCCGCCCCAGCUGGGCCCGGGCGCCGGCGCCAUGUGGUUCAUCCGCGACGGCUGCGGCAUCGUGUGCGGAGUCAUCACCUGGAUGCUGGUGCUGUUCGCCGAGUUUGUGGUGCUCUUCGUCAUGCUGAUGCCUGCGCGCAGCCUGCUCUACAGCCUUGUGAACGGUGUGCUCUUCAACACCCUCGCCUUCCUCGCCCUCGCCUCCCACUUUAGGGCCAUGUGCACAGAUCCGGGAGCUGUGCCAAAAGGGAAUGCCACCAAAGAGUUCAUCGAGAGCCUCCAGCUGAAGCCAGGACAGGUGGUCUACAAGUGCCCCAAGUGCUGCUGCAUCAAACCUGACAGAGCGCACCACUGCAGUGUGUGUAAGCGGUGCAUCCGGAAGAUGGACCACCAUUGCCCCUGGGUGAACAACUGUGUGGGGGAGAACAACCAGAAGUAUUUUGUGCUCUUCACUAUGUACAUUGCACUGAUAUCGUUGCACGCGCUCAUCAUGGCGGCCUUUCAUUUUGUCUUCUGCUUCGAGGAGGACUGGAACAGUCCCCGUUCCCCAAACCCGCUCCCCCACUUCUCCCCAGCGUGCAGUUCCUUCUCGCCUCCGGCCACAGUCAUCCUCCUCAUCCUCCUGUGCUUCGAGGCGCUCCUCUUCCUCAUCUUCACCUCUGUGAUGUUCGGCACGCAGGUCCACUCCAUUUGUACCGAUGAGACCGGCAUAGAGCAGUUGAAGAAGGAGGAGAGACGAUGGAUUAAGAAGUCCAAGUGGAUGAACAUGAAGGUGGUGUUUGGCCACCCUUUCUCCAUAGGCUGGCUCAGUCCCUUCUCCACGCCGGACCAUGGAAAAGCUGAGCCCUACCAGUACGUAGUCUGACGCAGGACCAACCGUCGCUCUGGCUGAAACCUGGCGCACGUGCCCCGCGAGGUGUGGCGCGCAUUGAUGAUGCGUGCAGACAGCGCCACCACAGCACCGGCCUGCUCACCUAAGCAGACCCCUCUCUCAGCAUGAUUAUGAGGACUGAGGACUUCUGGCACCGGAUGAACUGCUCUUAAUUUUUCUCUCUAUUUCUUUUUUCCCACUGUUCCUCUUAUCUUGGUGACAGAAAGAUGUCACCAGCCGACUCAGAGAUUGCACAGACACUGAACAGAUAUCUGCCUGCAUUCAUAGAAAUAAUCAUAACCUUUGGUCUUUAAGUUGUGGUGUCCAUUCUUGUUUUGCUUUAUCUUUCAUGAUCAUCUCUAGUUGGUAACAACGGCGCCUUAUAACUAACUAACUGCCUGAGGCCUACUUCUGGAUGACUCUAGUCGACUAUCUAGUGAAGCUGAAGCUGAGCCAUUUUUUUGAUUUUGCUCUUUUUCAAUCACUGGAAGUGCACUCAAAAUGACAACAGAAGACUAAAAUGCAGUGGUGACGUUACCACAUACUUUUCUGAGACAACCUGUACUCACAAACCAAAGCAUGUGGCUCUCACCAAUAGAUGCUCCAGAGUCUUAUAGCCUCAAAGUGUUCAGCUUUGUUGUGUAAUGUGUAGACCAACAACAACUACAGUCACUCCACAAUACUACUGCAAGGUUAUUACAUGAAGCAAAUACUCAAACAAUCUGUUUCUAUGGUAUUGUAAGUCAAUAUUACAGUCUUAACAUAAUAUAGUUGUCAAAUCAGAUAAUUUGUCAAUGUAAUAUGGUUGUCAAUCAGAUAAUUUGACUGAAGAUCUGGUCAUACAACAGUUCAUUGAUGUGGAGGUUAGGUCAGUAGAAGAACAGACAGGCCUUUGCUACUGGAGCGAAUAAACUCAAGCAAUGUGGGGCCAAGUUGUCUGCUUUAUCAACUAACAUUUCUAAUCUCUUGUUUCUGAAUACUGUCAUUAUAUCAUAAUAACAAGAGCAGGGCAGAGUUGCACAGGAUUCAUGGAAAUUGCCUUUUUACCUCUGAGAAAGUGAACAGACCACAGGCUGCAUGGUCUGGUUAACUGCCUUAUUGUAGGUGGCCCUGGGCUUCAGGCUCUGAGCUGUGUCUCCAUCCUUCACAUUUUGCCAAAGGUGAUGUUGCAGUUUUUCUUUCUUUCCAAAAGGAGAGAUGCUUAACGUUGAAAGCAGAAAUAUCCCCUCUUUACAUGCCUACAGCUCAAAGCAGAAUGUACCAGACAGACCCUUAGAUAAGGGAGUCAUGAUCAGUUUAUUCAGCUUUUGAGAUUCUGUUGCCUUUGUAAAUGUGACUAACCCCAUCAAUAGUUUUAGCAAAUAUUUGUCUUAUUUAAGUGAAAUAGUUCCCCCUCGUCAUCCAGCUCCACUGGAAAGUCUCCAACUAUCACUAACAAUAACAAAGUUUAGUUCCAGUGCUGGUUUCGACCAGGCACAGUACUGUACCUGAUGUUUUAAAAAAAAAAAAAAAAAUGUUUUUAAUAUGCGAUUUUUU